ACUGAGAAAAAUUUUUCUCGAGUCAGUUGAACGAAUACAAGGGCGAGCGAAAGUCGAUACGCAAAAUUGCUGAAGGUUUUGCAAUAUCAUCGGGUCACUCGUCGUGUCUGGCGGGAUUUUUCAAGCUUGACCCCCGCGUGUCUCACACUGUUUUCAAAAAGGCUUUAGUUUAAGUUAUAAUCCGGGUAAAAAUUUACAAUAUCUGGCAUGGGUCAGGCAAAGCUUGAAGUUUUACUCGACCGUCGUUCAGAUUCCCUAUGGUCUUGGGUCGUAUGCGUCGCUUCGUUUUUUUUACAAUUUCUUGUUGGAGGAAUUUCCAAUUCUUUUGGAUCGUUUUUUAUUGCCCUGCUCAGCGAAUACAAGAGAAGCGAAGCGGAAACCGCGUGGAUCGGCUCCCUCGCCGUUGGACUUACUUAUCUCUGCGGACCCAUCUCAACCACGCUAUGUCAUCGUCUAGGAUGCCGUAUCGUCGCUUGCACCGGGAGCCUUCUCUUCCUAAUUGCUGCCUUCCUCACGUCUCUCGUAUCAAACAUGACCUAUAUGUACUUAACGUUCGGAAUACUUGGGGGAUUCGCCUUUAGUUUAAUGUACUUUGCAUCUCUCGUGGUCCUCAUCGAGUAUUUCAAUAGACACCUCUCGUUAGCCAAUGGGAUCGCUGUAUCAGGCUCAGGGGCAGGCACUUUAGUAAUUAGCAUGAUCGUCGAUGAAAUGUGCAGGCGUUACGGGUUACGCGCGGGAUUUCGUUUCAUCGCGGGAAUGUCAUUGCUCGGGUUUGUUGCGGGAUUGAGCUUCGCGCCACUCAGUAAACAUCCGAUGGAGUCACUGAUCGAGAAGGACGAUGUUAAGCCAAAGAAAGGGGGAUUUGGGAAAAGCAUCGGUAGCUUUCUAAGACCUGGGAAACACUGGAAGAACAAGGCGUUCGUGGUGUGGACCUUGUGCCUGGCCCUCGUGCUGUUUGCGUACUACAUCCCGUACAUGUACCUGGUCCGUGUCGCCAAGAUGAACGGCGUCACCAGCUCUAAAGGUGCCCUCCUAGUAGGAAUCCUGGCAAUCUGCCAGGCGCUUGGCAAGAUCACUCUCGGAAAAGUCGCAGAUAUCCCGCAAGUCAACCGUCUUCAGAUGGAGCAGAUUUCUCUACUCGUGAUCGCCGUAGCGACGUGUUUGUUUCCACUUGCCAAGUCUUACGCCGCGUUUCUCACGUACGCUAUUGUGCAAGGGUUCUUUGACGGCGGGUUCUCCGUGCUUCUGGGACUAGUGACACAUGACAUCGUUGGAAAGCAGCUGAUGGCUGGAGCAGUCGGCAGCAUGUUCGCUGUGGUGGCGAUACCGCUUACCUCUGGUCCACCUGUGGCUGGGUUGAUCUACGACCUUCUCGGUAGCUAUGACGCCGUCUACUUCCUGGCUAGCGCGAUGGUCUGCGCGGGGUCCUGCCUGAUGUUCGUCAUACCUUGGCUGGUGGACACACCCAACAACGGUAAACGAGUCAUGACAGGUGACCAGGACGACUUCUUUCCCAGUGACGGGAUGGACGGGGGCAUGUCCCAAGUGACCGAGAAGAAACUCGCUGAGCUCCUCGGCAAGAAAACAGCUGCGGAUUUGCUCGUUGCACGGAACCGAUCGUUAUUGGAUCAUUCUGUUGGCCACUCUAGGCCCUCGAGUUUUGUUCUGUUUAGUAUCGUCUCGGAUGAGAAUUACCGCGACCUCUCGACUUACACAAGCCGCAUGGAUUUGAAUACAGAGACUCCUAGUUCCCCACAGGGCUCGACGCCAGGUAGACGACAAAGGUUUUUCGAUAUGGACCAUUUGCGUGAAAGUACUUUCUCGCUAUACUCCUCCGCGCGUAUGACACUACACGGGAGCAGCAUCCAAGUACACAGCCUCGAACCUACCAUUCAGGAAGUAGCGGAAACACGUACCAAUUUCCAUGAAACUUCACUUCCGGUACUCAGUGAAGUUGCAAAUGAAGCUUCACUUCCGGUCAUAAAUGAGGUCCCUAGCGAAGUAUGUGUUACUAAUAUAAGCGAGGCUAUUCAUAAUGUGCCACUUCCGGUCGUGAUCGAGGAGCCCCAAGAUACGCCAAUGUUAACGGAAAUUGAGGAAGUAACUUCAGUGGGAAUUGAAGGGGCGGGCUGUUCUCUUGUGAUAGAUGACGUCGAGAGAAAACGCUUGAGCAGCACCUCGUGGGCGUCAGCUCAAAGUAGUGACUCGCUGAAGAGCUCAUCAUUGGAAUCAACGGCCACUAAUGACAGUGGUUUUGAAGAAAACGAACUUUUUGUAAUUGACCCUUCUACGGAUAUGAUAGAAGUCACAAAAGGAUUAAGCGCGUCUGUGGCUCCGUUUGUUGAAAAUUGUGAUUACAGGACUUAUAUCGCUAAUGCUGAUGCUAAUGAUUAUGAUGAUGGAAUUACUCAAGAUAUGAACACUGCUGGAUUAACGUGUGUAUUUGCCGAUGAAGCAAACAGAGACAUUUUGCUGACAAGUUCUCCCUGCAGUGAUCCUUCAGCAAAUAGUGCUGACAGUGAAAAAUGUCUCGAGGCACCAAGUGAGAGUCAGUCUGAAACAGAAUACGAAACGGACUUUUACAGCCUCGAGCUGGAGAACAACCUGGAACACCUAGAAGGCAUUAGCGUUAGUAGUAUGCACAGUUUGGAUAACUUGGACUCAAUGCCAGAGGUGGCCUGGCUAGGAAGUAGGCUAACAGUCGAGACUGUGGUUUGAUAAAAGCUGCUUUAUUUUUAAAAAAGAGAAAAGAGAAGAACGAUUUGAAGCGCGCGCUACCGUAAUCACCUUAAGGUUCUUUGGAAGCCUGAAACAAAUUGCUUAAAUUGUAAAUUGUCAGUCAUUUUACGCUAGCCAAUCAGCGUAUCACAAAUAAUCAAAACCUUUUUUGGUUUCUUGGUUACGGUAACGCGUAGCUACCCUGUUAUGACCCCUCUUUAAAGCAGAACAGGGGGGAAUUAUAUAAAAAAAUGUUUGCUAAGUAAACAUUUUCAAACUCCAGGAAAUAAGAGUAUUUAUAGAAUAUUUAUGUUUAAGUAGGGAAAAGAUAGCGGUGCUUGUUAGUUAAAUAAUAUAAUUUAGAGUAUUUAUUUUGGAAAACAAAUUGCGCAGGGAUGAUGCUAUUAUUUAAAAAAAUUUUUAGUAAGUUUAAGUUAUCAAUCAGACGAAUCGUGUUUAAAUCUCUAUUUAUCGCCAUUCGAGAUUCCUUAUAAUGCAUUGAAAGUUUUAGUUAAGACAAGUUUUAUUUUAUAAUUUCAUGACUUUGGUAGUAUUUUGCCUCCUGCAACAUAAGUUAAAGGUGAAAUAGAGACUAAGACAAAAGUUUAUUUUUUGAUGGGUAUUCUUGUGAAUUGUCUGAAUAUUAAUAAGAACAGAUAAUAUACAAAUUAAAAAAAGGAAAACAGCUUUGGCUUUAAAGCAAAUAAAUAUAUUUUUAAUGCUUUGCAAAGAAUACUUAAUUUAAAGCAAUCUAUUUAGUACAAUAGAAAAGAGUUAAGGUAGUAAAAAGAGUGUUAAAUUCAUAAUUAAAUUGAACUGUGUUUUGUAUGUA